AUGGAUAGUGAUGUUCCAGCCAUGGGGUUCUUGUAUGGUUAUCUAGUAGAAGCUAAGAAUGAGAUCUCUAGGAGGUUUAACAAUGACAGGAGCAAGUUUGAGGAUGUUUUUCACAUCAUUGACAAAAGGUGGGACAGUAAGCUAAAGACACCUUUACAUAGGGCUGGUUACUACUUGAACCCUUUCUAUUAUUAUCAAAGCAUAUUGGCUAUGGAGGAGAAUGAAUCAUUUAGAGAUGGUGUAAUCACUUGCAUUACCAAGCUUGUUCCAAAUGAAGAGACUCAAGACAAGAUUAUUGAAGAGCUUCAACUAUUUCAGAAUGCUGAAGGAUCCUUUGGCAAAGAAAUUGCUAAAAGGCAGUGGAGAAACAUCAAUUUUGAUCCAAGUAUGAUUAAUUUAAAAUAG